AUGAACGAGACGGCGGGUUUGCGCUUCCGGAGGCAAAACAGGAACAACGUCAUCACGGACACGCGCGCGGAGCACGUGCACAAGGGCAAGGGGACUUACAGCGGCCGUGUCUUCCGGGUGACGUUGCUGUCGCUGGGCGGCUUCCUGCUUUUGCCGCUUCUCGUCGUCCUGCUCGUACUGGAGUCGCCUAUCCGGCCCGACAUCCUGAUUCUGAAGGAUCCACCCCCCAUGACGGGCUGCUGGGAACCCAAUACCAAGCUGCGUUUGGCCACCAGACUCUACGAGGACGCCAUUGCCGGUCCGGAAUCGAUGGCCAACAUCGGAGAUGUUAUUUACAGCGGCACGGCUGACGGAAGGAUUGUCAAGCUCAUCGGACGGAGGGUUUUCACACUGGCCAGAUUGGGAAAAACACCCUGUGGAUCAGCGGCGGACGAGACGACCUGCGGGAGACCCCUGGGGAUCAGAGUAGGGCCCAAUGGGACUUUGUUUGUAGCUGACGCCUACCUGGGCAUCUAUGAGGUCAACCCCACCACAGGCGAGUCCACUCAGCUGGUGUCGGGAGGUCAGGAGGUUGGCGGCAGGAAGUUGCUGUUCAUCAACGACCUAGCGGUGACGCAGGACGGCAAGAGGGUGUACUUCACCUCCUCCAGCAGCAGGUGGCAUCGCAGAGAUUACCUUCACCUCAUCAUGGAGGCCCCGGCCGACGGACGGGUUUUGGAGUACGACGUGGAAAGCGGAGAAGUGAGCGUGGUGAUGGACAACCUGCGAUUCCCCAACGGCAUUCAGUUGCUUCCCGACGAGGAGUCCGUCCUGGUCGCCGAGACCGCCAUGGCCCGGAUACGAAGGGUCCACGUGGCGGGUCUUAACAAGGGCGGCAUGGACAACUUCGCUGACAACCUUCCCGGUUUCCCCGACAACGUCCGUCCCAGCUCGGGGGGCGGCUACUGGGUGGCCAUGUCGGCCGUGCGCCCCAACCCGGGCUUCUCCAUGUUGGACUUCCUGUCGCAAAGACCCGCUCUCAAGAAACUCCUCUUCAAGCUCCUUAGCCAGGACGUGAUGAUGAAGUUGGUACCCCGCUACAGCCUGGUGGCCGAGCUGCAAGACGGCGGGGUUUGCCGGAGGACCUUCCACGACCCCGACGGCCUGGUGGCGGCGUACGUCAGCGAGGCGCACGAAUACGACGGCAGCCUCUACUUGGGCUCCUUCCGCUCGCCGUACUUGGCCAAACUGGACCUGAGCCUAGUGUGA